AUGAAUCAAUCCACAUUUAUUCCACUUUCCGUGAUUCCCCAUCCCUCAGGCUGGCGGGACCUCACUCCUCGCUCUAACCUCGAGGCUUUUGUGAAUCCCACCCUUGCCCUUGAAAGCUGGCCACCUCCGCCGCUUUUUGUCGAGGUGCGGCGGAAUGAAGCGUCGAGAAGUGUAUUCGUGUUCAGUUUGAAGUUCUGUCAAGACAUUCCAGUGGGCCAGAUCUGCUUCCCACUUCGCUCUUGGAUCUCGGAUACGUGCUUAGUUCGAUUGAAAACCCUUGAAUACUCGGAUCCAAGUCGCUUGGCGAAAGUGUCCAUUCGUAGUGACGUACCAGCUAUCGAAAAACUCCAAAACUUCCUCACCUCGACUUGUCCUGUCUUCGUUAGCGAGGGCUCUUGUCUAAAGCUGGUCGGCAAUGAUAUAUCUGAAAAUGCUGAACUCGUUAUCACCUCGACUCAACCGUUCAAAACCGGAUUGAUCUGCCAAUCCACGGUUGUCGAGAUGACCAAGUGUUCGUAUUUGCCCAAAUUUUGGCCCUUGGUGAAAUAUUCCAUUGGUCUGAUUUCACGAAGCCAUGUGAUUCAAAACUCAUUGAGUCAACAGUUACGAUCAUUGUGCAGAAAUAUUUUGGUCCACCAAGUCCAAUUAAUUAACCUCGAUCAUGCUCGCUGGCUGUUACAAGAAAGUGGGCUGGCUCGAAAACUCUGUCUUUCCACGACGGUCUUCGCUCAUACUUGGAGCGAGGAACGCGUCGAAUUGGUCACGAUCAAUUCAAUGAAAGUGUGGCGAGUGCACACAAGUUUGGUUCAUUUCAAGUACGCCCCAAAAGUCCUUGUUACCUCCGAGACCUUGUCUAAUCUGGGUAUCGAGGAAAAUGAGAACCUCCUAAUCGAACCUUCGUUGGAUUCCUUGGUUCCAAAUGUGGAGAGAUUGUCUAUAUCCUUUCUCAAUAACUCUUCAUAUACAAAGUGCUCUACCCGUGAAUUAGACGAAAUCCUGAAGAAGGUCUUCCAGCAGCCAAAGUUAUUGUUCCAAAAGAGCGUGAAUUCCAUAUUUGUGCAAGACUUCUUAAGCUUGGAAACGCAAAGGUUUUCUUGGGUUCUACCGCCAAAUGCACGCCUAGUGUUCAAGGUUGUGACAAUGCAAUGUGAGGACCGAUUUGGGCUGGUGAGUCAAGACAAUACGGCCUUAAGUCAAAAACGAACCAUAGUCCAAGUGUUGCCAUCUGAAAGCCUGAUUAUGACGACUUCUACUCCACGAAACUCCAUUCCAAGCCUGCCAAGGCCUUUAAUGCAAUUACAAAAGGAAAUCCUUCAACGAAUCAAAGGCAGUUUGUUGAUUCAAGGGCACCAUAGUCAAGGGUUGGACCUUCUGUUCAGGUCUUUGAGCUCCCAUUUGGGCCAUUCUUUGCGGGUUGAAGAUUGUGCCAACUUCCUCGGGGAUAACAGUGCCAACACUGAAAUCAAAUUGAUCAAUGCCCUAGCCAAGGCAUCGGAACUGCGUCCUUUCCUCCUAAUCUUGAACAAUAUUCACGCUUUAGCCAAGAAUCGGGAAGGCCAUCUGGAUUACCGAGUCAUCAACCGCCUCCAACGCGAAAUCAGUCGCCAGAACCGCGAUCCUCACACAGUCGUUAUUGCUUUAGCUCCGAUCAAUGAACCAUUAGACCCUUUAUUGCAUGCGGUUUUCGGUCACGUCAUGCCAGUUCCAGAUUUGGAUUCAACCCAAGACAUCUCCAAAGUUCUCCGUUGGUUGAUUGAAUAUGUGGGAAUCGAUUUGACAUCGGAGGUGGAUGUGAAAGGUUUAGCUCAGAAAUGUGUAGGGUUCUCGUUCACGGAUCUGCAAGAGACUCUGGAAAGAGCCCAGAAACAAGCUCAACCUGCCAAAGUGAGUCAUGAUGUCCUGGACGGAUGUAUCCGUCAAAUUCAAGACUUGGCCUCAGAUUCUAUUGGAACACCGAGAAUACCGCAAGUUCGAUGGAGUGAUAUUGGGGGACUGGAAAAAGCCAAAAAUGAAAUUCGAGAUACUAUUGACCUUCCCUUGGAGCAUCCCGAACUCGUUGAGAAUGGCCUUAAACGGAGCGGUGUCCUUUUAUAUGGACCACCAGGAACGGGCAAAACAAUGCUAGCCAAAGUGGUUGCGUCAGAAUGUAACUUGAACUUCCUCAGUGUCAAAGGACCCGAAUUGAUCAAUCCUUAUGUGGGUCAGUCGGAACAAAACAUUCGCGAUAUUUUUACCCAAGCCAAGAAAGCAAGUCCUUCCAUAAUUUUCUUUGAUGAACUGGAUUCGUUGGCACCUAAUCGCGGGAACACUGGAGAUUCGGGCGGAGUCAUGGACCGGAUUGUGUCUCAACUUCUUACCCAAUUGGAUGAUAUGUCCAACGAUUUAGUAUUUGUUAUUGGUGCCACGAAUCGACCCGAUAUGAUUGAUCCGGCAUUGCUCCGUCCAGGUCGAUUUGAUCGGCUCAUUCAUUUGGGAGCCGCUCAAACCCUAGAGGAACGUCGUAGUAUUUUCCAGUCGGUUACCCAGAAGAUCCAAUUGGAAUCCGGUUUGAGAUUGGAAGACAUAUUAACUCUUUUCCCUGAACAUCUCACCGGUGCCGAUAUCACUGCCAUCGUCUCAUCCGCCAGUUACAAAGCAAUUGGACGCCUAAUCUCUGAUAUUGAAACCCAAAGCCAAGACGACGUUGGCAUUGAACCCGAGGUGCUCUUGACAUUUUCAGAUUUUGAAUCCGUGGCCAAAGAAUUUGUUCCAUCGAUCCCCGAAUAAACAAUAACAAUGCUAAAAAUGAU